ACACUUAUGUCAGUUUAUGAGCACUUGUCAGCCGCCGACUCUGUUCGCUAUAAAGUUGCUGGCCAUGCAUUGAAAGACUGCCAUUGAAGCAUUCUCGGACCCACAGAACCGGUUGCCAUUAUUUGGCUCACAUACUGGACUUUUGAAGGUUACCGAGACAAAUUCGAAACAGACAGGAGAGAUCCCGCCCAGGCCUGAGUGAUACAAGAUGAUGUUACUGAUGUUACUACUGACUGCCGUUCCUCUGGCCAUGCCCCAGUGUCUGACCCCAGCCGACGAUGCUGCCACCGCAGCCGUAGACCCCAGCAUGCCCAAGCCUCCUCUGUACCAGGGACAGCUGCAGUUCUCUCUCUCCAUGCUGCAGACCCUCAACUCUCUGCAGCCUCAGUCCAACCUGUUCUUCUCCCCCUUGAGCGUGUACAACACCCUGCUUCUCGCUUACUUCAUCAGUGCGAACCACACAGAGAGGACCCUCCAUCAGGCCCUUUACUUGCCUCCUCAACUGACCAAGGUGAACGUGCUGGAGGCAUACAAAGUAGAGCGGUUACUGGACCAGAUGAGAGCAAUUAACGGUUCCGACAGUUAUCAGCUCAUUGUAGCCAACCGCCUUUUUGCGGCCCAGAGCCUCUCUGUGCGUGAGUGUAUGGCAGCACUGUUCUCUGAUGAGCUGGAGCGGCUGGACUUCAUGAGAGACGCAGAGGCAGCGACAAACCACAUCAAUCAGUGGGUGGCCAACCAUACUCGUGGCCACAUCCCCCAACUAGUCCCAUCCGGACGACUCAGCCCUACUUCUAAACUUGUAUUGGCAAAUGCUGCAUUCUUCAAGGGACUCUGGAAGUCAAAAUUCCUACCAGUGAAGUCCAAGAAGGAGACAUUCCUCAUCUCCAGCACUGAGAAGGGACUGGUCACCAUGAUGAGGCAGAAGGGCACAUUCAACCACUUGGUGUCGGAGACCCUAGGAGCCCAUGUGUUGCAGUUGCCAUACAAGGGUAAUGCUGUAAGCAUGUUUGUGUUUCUACCUCCAUAUGCAGCACCUCGUGGUAUCAGCAACAUCCUCAAGCGACUCACUCCGGAGAACCUCAGGGAGAUCCUCACGGAAGAGAUCAUGAUUCCCAGGGAAGUGGAAGUGGGGAUUCCCAAGUUCAGUGUUGAACAAUCAUUAGAGCUUGUCCCGGUCCUGGCCAACCUGGGUGUAGGAGAUCUGUUCAAUUCAUCUGCCGAUCUGAGUUCCCUGACAGGAUCGCCUGGGAUACAACUUGACGAUGCUGUCCACAAGGCCAAGAUACAAGUAGACGAAGAUGGUACAACUGCAGCCGCUGCCACCGCCUUCUUCACCUUUCGCUCCUCUAGGCCACUUGAUGCUGCUAUGUUCAUCUGCAACCACCCUUUUGUCUACCUGCUGUAUGAUGCUCAAAGCCAGACCAUUCUGUUUACUGGAGUCUACAACUCUCCUCCGCCCAGUGAAUAGUUGUGACAAUAUUUCUGUUGUAUGUAGCCGGAAUUGGUUAAUGUAACCAGAAUUACUUCAUUUGUGAGAAGAAAAUACAACAUUUCAUUUUCUCUAAAUAUUAAAUAUUGCGUAAAAAGUAUUUAAGAAAAUAUUUUUACGACAACUGAUUAGGUUGAAUAAUUGUUUAUAAUUUUAAGUUGGCAUAAAGAAGAAACAAAUUAAUCUGUUAUGAUGUAGAGUGCUUUUUUUAUAAGUUCGAAAUAGAUAAUUCAUUGCACCUUUUCACACUCUGAAGUAGUAUUAUUGAUAACAAUAAACAGAGAAUAAAAUUUAGUUAUCUAUAUAGAUUCUUUGAAGUAAGUCGGGAAGACUAAUUUAUUGAUAUAAUCUUGGCCUGUCGCUACUGAAUUAUUUGGAAGCAAAAAAUAUUUCAGAUGUUUGCUAACUUUUUUUCUACUUAUUUACACUUGCAUGCAUCUGCACGCAAUUAUGUAUUUUCACCAACAUCACAAUUCUUUGUGCACAAAUCUUUUAUACCUUAUGAAAUACUUGUUUGGACUCAACAAAGAAUAAAAUCUUUUAUACCUUAUGAAAUACUUGUUUGGACUCAACAAAGAAUAAAAUUUAAAAUACUUUUACUUGACUUUCCUUACUCCUAAGGUUGUAAGGUUGUGUAUUCAAAGUGAUCUUCAGAUUACAGGUUACAAUAGGUCUGAUGAGAUUAGAAGUAUGUAACAAGUUUCUGUUUUAAUGGACACGGUUUAGUUUGUACGCUGUGAUAAAACAAACAUUUAUAGCACCUUCAGACUUGCAUUUAUUUAUGCUAUUCACAUUCCAUAAGUAUUUGCAUUUGAAUUAGAUUUUGUAUGUAAUUUAUAAUAGUAAGUUUUAGUAGUUUUUGUUUGUAUGUAAUUUAUUUAGAACCAAAGCUGUAAAUGUAAUGUUUAAUGUUAAGUUUGAAUAAAAGUAGUGUAAAAUUUGUAAAUAAUAUCCGCAUUCAAUUUAUUUUCAAUGAAAGAGAAACCCAUUUAUCAUACAUCUGUUUUAUCAACAACAAGAGAGACAUUUAAUCUGAUCAAGUUGUAGAACUACUUUUACAAGUAUAAUUAUCAUUAGAUGAAUCUCCAGCAUUUUCAGUGGAAUGUAUUGAAGAUAUCUAUUAUAGCAACAUCACAAGCGUGAUAUGAAAGUUUAUGUACGAGGCAUGUUUUUUUUUAAAUAAGACAAUGUUUUGCACCUGAUUUAACAGUGACUGACUAACGCAUUUUGACUCUAUUGUCAUCAGUGCGGUGCUGACCUUCAAAAUGCUUUUUCUGAUGUAAAAAUAAAUGGGCGAUAAAUUGGGGCCGUUUGUGAGGUUAUUAAAUGGAUCCUAACAAAAUGCUGUGAUGAGAUCUUGAGUUUGUUUUGUCGCAUGUGGACGGACAUUGUCAUACAAGAAAACGUGUUUCUCAAUAAAAAUGUCAUAGAGAACACUUCCUGAAACUUGAGGAAAAUUUUGUGAUAACAAA